GCACACCCCCCGGCCGAAACCCUCUCCUCCAUCUUCAUUCCAGUCCUUCUUUUGGCCCCUCUGAGCGUCUCGCGACCGGCCCGGACAGCCUGCAGCCUGCAGCUGCCGACCGUCCCUUACAUUUCGGACAGCGAGCGACCUCGUCUUGUCUGCCUCUGCCACUGCAGCUGCCCGACGACCAUUGCGACGGCUCGACGAUCCGACCUCGCGACGCCCAGUUUCCUUGCCUCAUUGCCGCGACGACGCUUUGCUUCCAGCCCCUUUCCCGACAAUCCAGCAACACCCAGCCAUCAUUCUCCCCGCGCAACACUCUCUGUUCUUUCCACGCGACCGCGACAACGGCCGCGACCGCGACGGCGACGAUUGUGCCGCGAUAGUAACCCGUCGGCUCACGCGCGCAUAAACACACAACAGUCGCGCGCGCGCGCGCCCGCUACUAGUAUCGCUGUCGGUCAGGACGCCUGAGACCAACGGUCCGUCUCGUCUGCGACAGACUUCUUUUUCGGUCGGUCCGGAGCCAGACGAGACUCGUACCCGCACACGAACAAGAGCAACCGAGACACGUCUGGUCGACCGGUUUCUUUUUUUGUGCUGUUGCGUUCCCCGGUGGUUGCUUUUAAAACACCCCGUGCGUCCCAAGCGCACACAGAGAGAGGAGAGAGACCCUGAGGCCCUGGCGCAUCCGAUCCGCAUUCCACAAGCCCCCGCGAUGGCGCCUCCCUUGCACCCCCUCGACGCCGCGAGGCCACGAGGCCUGCGCCAUUCUUCAGCGCCCCGGACCCCAGAGCCCGCCGCCGAAGCAUCUUUACCGCAACCUUCGUCGCCUCCCCGACCGCGAUUUCGCCUCAAGAGGCGGACGGUAUCGGAGCGCACAGCCCCUACCCAGCAGUUCCUCGCCUCCGUCGCUGCUGCCGACGUUCCCAUCCCCAGCAUCGAAGAACCCCAGGUGUACGACGACGACGACGACGACGACGACGACGACAUGCUCGACACGGAGGCCUACCCACGAGUUCCCUUUCUCGGCAAUCUCGAUGGCGCUGGCUUCGUCGAGCACAAGGUCCGCGGCAGGCAAUUCUCUGCUCCUAAGACGCCUGCGCCCCGGGCUAUCCCCUCGCUAUCGCCCAAGCGGUUUCCGGACUGGUCCAUAGAUGCUGCCUUCAGCAGCGUCGAGUCAAGUCCAGAGUGUGAAUCAAGCCGCCCGUCGACCGCUCGGUCAACCCAGACGAGCGCGUCGCUAUUCAGCCGCUAUUCCCUGACGUCAGAAGACUUCAGUCAAUGCGCCAGCCCCGACGAGGAGCAUGCAGAAAAGUUUGCCUACCUCUUGCCUCCCGAGGACCUCGACAGGACCAUCAGAGCCCCCGCGCAACGCGGCAAGCUCAGAAAGGCACCGUGGACCAGAGCUAUGAGCAAGCACCUGUGGGCGACUUACAUGAUGUACCUGCAAGAUCCCAAGGUGACGCCCUUUAGGGUUGGAAAGAGCGGCAUCCCGCCCUCGGGUGUCUGCAUGCGCGUGGCCAGGGAAGCCAAGAGAUCUUGGAAGGGAUCCCGCCCGCAGACCAAGGCGGAUCCCAAGAGCGGGAGCACGACGCCCACUGCCGAGGUGCAGGGGCCCUAUGUGCAGUGGCCCCAUACCUGCGCCGGCACGCGCGCCCACCUGCGAGAGAUGUGCAAGGCCAACACCGGCGCAGCAUCGCGUGGCUCGCACUAUAUGGCCCGGAGCCCUACGCCCUUUGGGAGGACCGCGAACCGCGUCAGGAACCGCCGCUCCGCGCCUCUCCGCUCUCCCUCGGUAUUCUCCGGGUCCGACAUGGCCAUGUCGCUGACCGUGUGCACCGCCGACUCCAUGCAGCCGUCUGGUCCGCUCGCGCAACUCACCAGCUCCCAGCCCAAGCCUGAGCUGGACCUUCUCACUCCACCGGCCCGUGACGCAUUUAGUGGCCGGAGCCAAGCUCUCCGUUUAGGGUCUCCUUUCACGGCAAGGAGCUAUGGCCCGAGCUCUUCGAACAACUUGGCAGAUGGCCUCGGCGCUCGCCCCGAGCCUCACCGGCAGAGUCACACGCUGGGCACACGCCGCAGCCUCGGAUCGCCGGUGCGACUGAAUGAUAGCCGGUCCAACACACAGAAGCGGCGCUCCCGCCAGUCGAUCCUGGAGACGCGGAGAUCUAAGCGACCCAGUCUCGGCUCCGACUUCUGGACCGACCCUUCCUCCGCUGUUGAGAGCUGCUCCUCCUCCGCGUCGGCCUUUUCGUCGUCGUUUCCUGAAUUCUGCUCCACAAGCUCCAACGUUGGCGAUGAUUUGUUUGUCCCGAGAACGAAUAUCCAGGAACUGUUUGAGUCAUCCAAUUCCGCACCCUUGAACAGCAUGGCCACCACUGCCACGUCGAUGCCCAAGCCUGCCGGCCUGGCGCCGCUCAUGAUGGCUGGUCCCCCUCGUCUAGGCUCGCCGUUCUCCGGGAAGAGCCAGAGCUUCUCAUUUCCGAGUCGAAAUCUCAACACCUCGGUCAUAGACUUUGCUGCUGCCGUGCGGCGGCCGUUCGCCACGGUUCAUCAACCCGCCGACAGCGUCGCGAGCUCCGCUAAGCCGUCAUCGCUCGCAAACCGCCUGGCCUACAUUGACGAACGGCUUAAGGACCUUCGUCGGAGGGAUCCUCAUGAGCGGCGGUCUCACUCGCCCUUGUGAACGCGCCACCUGACUCUCGCCCCCUAUUCCUCUCUCUUUUGUCUGCGAUGUCCUCACAUAUCCACGACUGCUCAUGACACGACACGUAUGCAUCCGGGACUCGAUUCCGGCCACCCCAUCAUAUACAGCAAUCCUGCCCCUGGCCACACGCACGCACACACACACACAAAGACACACCUCUCACACCUCUUACACGAACCGCCGCGUGGAUCGGGUGUCGGUUCUUGGACCUCUGGCCUUCGGUGAUGCCCUCUACAGGCAUGGUCGCAGCAACCGCGUAAGGAACGCGCCUGCGUACCUCAUAUACAACUCGAAUACUACCGCCCCCCGUCCGCGCGGAAUCUCACACUUAUCUGGGCUCUUUCAGGGCCGCUGUAUGCCUCCUCCCUCUCACAACGGACGCUUGCGAACACGAAUGGAGACCCACCCCCCCCCCCCUCUCUCUCUACCUCACAACCCUCACCAGAGAGCAAAGAUUGCCCCCACCUUCCCGGCCAUCCCGGGCCAAGUAUACAAUAAGGGGAACAGACACAAACACACAAUCUUAUCACGACUUGACGAUACACCACUUGCAUGACGACUUAUAUAUAUAAAUGAGAUAGGGGGGGCCAACGGACGCGCCGCCCUACCCCCCCGCCACCUGGCCUGGUCCCUCUAUUGACUACGUACUCGCUGUCUCCAUCACGGUUAUACACACACAGACACUCAUUCAUGCGCAAAAAGACCAGCAGCGACCGUCGCCCGGCCCGAAGCGCCGCCGCCGUCGCCUUUGCUUGUAUCGGCGUUUGUUUGUCUUUGUUUGUCUUUUCCUCUUUGGCAAGGAGCUCGCGCCUCCUUUGGUUGUGUCCUUUUUUUUCUUUUACUUUUGGCCCCUCCACCAGCUCGGCAUCAUGGUGGUUAUUUUGUCGUUGUGCUCUGUUUUCCUCCUGUGGAUCCCUCCUUUCCAUUGUUUCGGUGGGGGUGGCCGGUGGAGGUUUGCGGAAUUCUUGGGAAUAUUGAUGAAAGAAAAAGUGGUCACGAGCUUGAUGAUUGAAUGUACAUGCCCGACUCUUCCUCCCCCUUUCAAAGGGGAGCGCACAUAGGGAAACUCGAAAAAAAUCCUUUUCGCUGCU